UCGUCAGUGAAGGUGUUUUCGAUUAACAGAAAGUUAUAUGGAUUGAUCAAUUUGAUUUUGGAAUUGAUGUGCUUAUAUGGAUUACUUCUGAAAAAAAUGUGUAAAUAUAUGGCUUAUGAAUUCUAGAGUGAUGCUUCAUGUUGGGCGGUAAAAGAGAACAUUUUAAUUUGCAUGUCUUCGCCUUUGAUAGUUCAUUAUUUCAUGAAAAACAUUGUCCGUUAUUUCACGAGCAUUGUACAAUUGUAUAAAAGGACAACCUGUAGUUAUGGAAAAUGACACAUUUCCAUAAUGACGACAUCAUCUUGGAAAGGAAUCCUCUAUCUGUGCGAGAAUACAAGUUCAAGAUAUUUAAACCUCGGCUUUUAUAGCAUAAAGAUAUACAACAAUGUCAGUUCUUAUUCACAUUUUUAAGAAACCAUAUGGAUUUUAGGAGGAUUUCCGACCUUGCUUGUAAUUUGGAGAUAUGGUCUUGCAGCAAAUUUGUGUUUUAAAACUUUUAUUACCUUACGCUUUUUGGAUGAAUGCAUAACGAAAACGGAAGACAUUCGUUACAGACUUGUUCUGAGAUAAUUUAUCGGAUAUUGGUAGACGAAAUACAGGCUCUAUCAACGGAAAAGGACAGAAGACACAAGUCGGCGAUUGAUUUUCAUAUAUAUAUAUAUCUUUUAUUUUUCCACGUUAAAAGAUAGAUUGUUUUCGCUCAUCAUUAAAAAGAUAUUGUUGGCGGAGGAUACUUUCCGAACGGAUAAAUGGUUUACCUCUGGUGAAAUAAAUACUUUUCGAAAUGACCUCGACAAUGAAUCAGUCUGAUCACACAGACAAUACUGGCAUGGAUGUCACCACGAACAUGACAGGGGAUAGUCCAAAUGGUCGCGAGACUUACUCUGACCACAAGCUUCUUUGGAACAUAGCCACGGGUAUUGUCUGUGUAGAGUUCGUGCUUGCCUUCGUUCUAAACGCUAUUGUAAUAGGACUCCUGAUGAGGAACAAGAAGAGGAACCGAAUGUCCUUCUUUGUUCUCCAUUUAGCAAUCUCAGACUUUUUAAUGGCGGUAUUCUACAUCUUCCCUGCUGUGAUAGACAGACUCCUAGAUGCUUGGCUCGCUGGUCUGGUUAUGUGUAAACUCAUCAAGUACCUGAGUUUGGUCGUGUGUUUCGCCUCGACCUAUAUGUUAGUUGUUUUAAGUGUUGAUAGACUAUAUGCCAUCGCUCGGCCACUGUCCGCCACCAGGAGAGGAAUAGUCUACAAGUGGACACUGGUCAGUUUCGCAUGGGUUAUCGCCGCUAUUCUUGGAGUUUAUGAUCCUGUAUACGCGCAAAUUCUCACCGGAAUACCAACGCCGCAACACGACAUACCAUUCUGUGAAAUAACCUACCCGGAAAACAUGAAAAAGCCAAUGAUUUUGUUUUUUGCCAUAAUAAAUAUGGUUCUGCCAGUGAUGCUGAUUGGUCUCUGUUAUUCGACGAUAGUGGCAAUGAUAUGGAGGCGAGGAAGAAAAGGGAUACCUUUAACGAAGCACGAACACACAACGAAUUGUAAUAUAUACACUGCCAACAGUCGACUGAACCCAAACUCGGGCAUCAUUCACAGAGCAAAGGUCAAGACCAUCAAAAUUACAUUCGUCGUUGUCUCGGUUUUCCUAAUGUCGUGGGGACCAUUCACGAUCUAUACAAUCAUGGUGGUGUAUAACGUGGUGGACCUGAACGGAUCCUUCUUCAUUCUUAUGGCACUUGCUCCACUGAACAGUGUGGCCAACCCGAUCGUGUUCCUCUUCUUCAACCACAGGCUUCUGCGGAAGGGAAAACAACACGGAGAAGCGAACGGGAUCAGUCUCAAAGCAACGUUUACAACCCAUAUUAGACGUGACUCGGAAUGGUCCAAAACAAUGCAGACUUCAAGAAUUACCUGAUUUUUACCAAUAGAUUUGACAUUUAUUGAUCUCCGCCCACGUCUUGUAUAUUUUUCGAUUGUGUAAAAAGAACAUUAUUCUAACAUAUGCCUUAUGAAUUGUCAUCCAUUUUUUUUUCGUCGUUGCUCGUUUCAUUGGAAAAAAGUAAUCCGUAAUAAAGAGACAUUUCCUUUGAUAAGCAUUAUGCCACAUACAGUACAGUUUUUUGUUGUUUAUAGUGAUUUGGAAUCCUCAUAUCGCUGCACAAUCAUCAUGAUCUAUCUUGCUGUUUCAAAAUUAAAUCUCCUUGAUAAACGUUGCAAAAGUGAUCACAUUAGAUGUAUGAUUGGACAUUAUGAAUAUUCCUCAACAUUCCUGAGCAUGCGCGCGCACGUGUGCGCAUGUGUGUGUCGUACAAUAUUCCAGAUUGAUAUGUACAUUUCUACACCAAGAACUUGCUAUUGAUAUCUACUUCAUUGAUGCCUUUAAUCAUUCUACACUUUGUACAAUUAUGUUACGAUACGAAUUUCAUGUAAAUUUCAAUAAAAGUGGAGACUGGGCUUCUAAGAUUAGGCCAACCUUAUGUCUAUUAUAAUAAGGAUUUUGUAUAAUCGAUGGCCCGCAUUAAGUUAUACAUAUGUAGACCUGUAAUGUACUUACAUGUAUUUUAUAGAUGUAUUACAACUAGAAACGCAUAGAUUGAAAAACAUUAUCAUCUUAAAUUUUGCUCGAAAGCUGUAAAGUAUGUACAGUGUCCGUCGAUGCUCUGCUAAACUCACAGGACUUUAAAUGUAGGUUGUAUAAAAGGGGAUAUGGUGCUACUGUAUAGUGGUUAAAUUUCACAGGACUAAUAUUUUACGGAUUCACCUAGUUGGACCUAGCUCUUGGGCAUCCUUGUAAACAUCCUGCAGUAAACUCCUACUACGGGAUAUUUCUAAUACUGCUAACUUCUCAAUAGUAGACGUUUACAUUGAUAUAAGAAAAUCUUAUUUAAAACAGCUGUUACAUGGCUGCAUUACAACUUUCUACGCCUCGAUAUCUUAAGGUGCUCCGAUCACUGUUACGUUCAGGUAACCUUUCGAUUAGCACAUCACAUUGCCGCUGGUAAAAUCUGUCCACCGCUUCGAUAUUCAUCGUGACAUAGUCAUGAUAAGAUCCGAAAGAAACCGAACAGAGCUCAGGGAUGUAAAACAAUAUGGCAGUGACGGUGACGCUCGGGAAAUAGCACGGAUUUUGUAAUUUGUGUUUACUUUGCGGUUUUGCCUUUGUUCAACAUUGACACAAGCAGAUGGAACAACGUCAGUUCAAACGUUUUAUGAAAAAUUAAAUUUUUCCUUCGCUUCAUUUAAAUCUCCAAUCUUUUAUUGAUAACCAAAAUUCAACCAAAGUAUUUGGAAAGCUCAUCUCUGAUUUGCUUAUAUAUAAUGAACAUUCAUUGUCCACGGGGUCAUCUGAACGUGACCCUGAUCGGUGAACCUUCAGACAGGGGUGCGAACAUGUGUGAUGAAACAUAUUUUCCACAUAUAUCAUUAGUUCUCUGGCGGAUAUGUAAAAGUUAUCUAA